AUGAUUGGACCGGUAUACGCCGAUUUGUUCUUUCAGGAAAGGCUAUUGCUACCUGGAGUGGAUUUGAAACUCAAAUUCAACCGUAGCAAGGACUCGUUCUGUCUCCUAUCAUCCGACGCUAAUCCAAAGUACAAAGUGGUCAUUGAUAAGGCUGCCCUCUAUGUCAGGAGAGUAAAAGUCAACCCAUCGGUGAUGAUAUCACACGCUAAAACAUUGGAAAAAUCAACCGCAAAGUAUCCCGUGAACAAAGUAGAUGUCCGUUCCUUCUCGAUUCCAGCCGGUAACAUGUCAGUGAGCAAGGACAAUUUAUUUCUUGGUCAACUCCCCAACCGAAUCAUCGUCGGUUUCGUAGACAACGAUGCCUACAAUGGAUCCUAUACCAAAAAUCCUUAUAACUUCAAACAUCUUAAUCUCAACUUCAUUGGGGUUACUAUCGACGGAGAAACAAUACCUAUGAGACCUCUUCGUCCAAAUUACGUUGAAGGACCAGGACAGAAUUUUCUACAAGCUUACAAUUCACUCUUUAUGGGUUGUGGGCGUAUGUUUACGGAUAAAGGAUUGGACAUUGACAGAGAAGACUAUUCAAAGGGAUACACGUUGUAUGCUUUUGACCUGACUCCAGAUCUAUCGGAUGGAUGUCACCUUAACCUCGUUAAACAAGGAAACCUGCGACUUGAACUCCAGUUUGAUACACCGUUGACAAAAACUGCAAACUGUAUCGUCUUAUCCGAAGCACAAGGGCUCAUCCAGAUUGACAGGAGCAGAAACAUCAUCUACGAUCACCAAGGAUAA